AUGUUCGAGCCGGUUGCCAAAGGAGUUCACUCACACGUAAGGGAUACAAAGCAUGAGCCAUCAUCAGUUGUUCCUUCCAGUACUUACGAAUCUGCUUGUACUCAAACAAGUUCCCGGACAUAUUCUGAGUUAACUAGCGUGCUGAGGGCGCCGAAACUGUAUGAUCAACCACGCGAACAACCCACUUCGCAGACUUUUUCAUCUAACCAAAUUCGAGCAGAGUUUCCAGUUAAGGUGUGCUCCGCACCCUAUGCAACGAGCAUACUUCGAGGAAAUAGUUGGACAGUACAGGCUCAUGGUAACCAUCCCAGUAUUCAGAACUCGAUAAAUCCUAGACUUCGAACGAAUAUAGGACUUGAAGAUUCGUCUGGUCUACCUAAAGUAGGAACUCAACAUGGUAUCACUGCUUCUAUCACAAGGCCUAGUAUUGUUAAUCGGGUCAGCGUAGAGAAACGAUGGGUAGAUGAAGAUAUUACACAUUAUGGUGCAAUUGAAGAGAACUGUGAUGAUUUUGACGAGUGGGUGGACAGGGUGGACGUGUCAAAAUUUGCUAAGGAUAUCAGCGUCGAUUUGAUGUCAAGACCGAGGUUGAUGGUGAAAAAGGAAAGAAACCAGCACAUAGUUAGCCCAUAUCCCAAACCUGGAUGGUCAUAUUCCAAUCUUAUUGCGUUAGCUCUCAAGAACAGCGAGUCAGGACAUUUAACUGUCUCAGAAAUCUACGCUUUCAUGCUCGAGCAUUUUCCGUACUUCCGAACUGCCCCCUCAGGGUGGAAGAAUUCGGUUCGUCACAACCUUUCACUCAACAAAUGCUUCUGCAAAGUUGAAGUGGACGAAGACAUUUCGUUAGCUCAGCAAACCCGCAAAUCAUGUCUUUGGAUGAUAAAUCCUGAAAGAUUGGACAAAAUCGAGCAUGAUAUUCGAAAGUGGCGUGAGCGUAAUCCGGAUACCGCCACCGAAGGCAUGGCGAGACCUGAGGAUUUACAAGCUAUCGAAGAAGGCACCAAAGGACUUCCCGUACCAGAACGAAAUUCUAAGCAGGCGCUAAAAACAGUUUGGCUAGGGAAUAGAAGUAUGGAAAAAGAAAGUGUUUAUGUGAACAAAAACGAUAUUUUCACCAAUGAAGAUGCUGUUGCCGCUGAGGAUCUGUUGAACAUAGAUAAGGAUGAUUACUUUACUGAAAGAAAUGGUCACGUCUCCGGUCAAAGUCUAUUUGCUCUACCCACCAAGUCAGAACCAGUGGAUUGCCGUGUGAUGCGUCAUUCGAAACCAGUAACUGUUGAAGAUGUCUUACCAACCACAUUUCCUCCUACCGAAACUUUGGUGGGGACAAGCUCUUUCAAUCGGGCGAAGCGACCCCGGACAGAGUCAUUCUUCAGUCCCAUAAAGGAGAUCCCUGUGGUGGACCUUUUGCCGAGUACGUUUGUAGAUGCUUUUUUGUCCAUCACGCCGCCAAAACCCAAGCAAGUGGACCCAGAUGUUUCUCUCUCUCCUGUUAGAGAAUCUGGCUUCCGAGAUGCUCACGAUGCUCUGAACGACAACUCACUGUUAGCUACUGCUCUGGAGCAAAGUCCUUACAAAUUGCCCGUCACUUUUCCAGUUUUGUAA